AGCUUCCUCCCCCUCACACAUCAAUCAUGAUACUCGCAAUGGCUUCCAGUCCUUGCCGGCUGGAGCAGUCUCUAAAUGUCUCACCCGAACAUGGAAUGUCUCUUUUCUAUAGCCCCAACGAAGGGGUCUACAUCGUUUGAGACCUUUCCAUCCCUAUCGACGCGAGGGCCUCACAGCAUCUGGUCACUCCCAGAUCUGACCUGCUGAAGUUCACGUCGAUUGUUUCACUAAAUCACCAGUGCUAUCUCACACUGAUAGACCCUAUAUCAACCCCUUUACAGCGAGAAGUUGUGAAGGAAUAGACUGUCCUUAUCUCCUCCAAAUCCUUAUCUCCGCCUUUCACGAUGCUCUUCGAAUUCCUUGCAACGGAGCUCGUCUCCCAUAUCUUUUCCUCCUGCUCCACCAUCGCCGAUGUUCUCGCCCUAUCAUCUACCUGUCGGCGCUUCCGAAAUAUUUACACAUCCUCCCAAAAGCUCCUUAUCUUGGAGGAGGCCGCCGAAAACCAAUAUGGCCCUCUCCAAGACCUGACCCAACUAUUGACCCACAACUCCAGCCAACCGGUGCAUAUUAUUCGUUCCGUCCCGCUUUCGAUGGCACUCCUUCAACAAAUCGUUCAUGCUGGUCGCAUUGCUGAGAAAUGGUGCGACCUGUAUCCGUUCAAGAAAUGGAAGCACAACUAUGAAAACCGUCGACUGCUGACGGAGGAGGAACGAUAUCGCGUGCGAAGGGCAAUAUACCGACUCUGGCUAUACUCUCGCGCCUUCCACAACCGUGAGCAUCCGCGCGAGCUUAGGGCUGCCAAGGCUGUAUAUGAGAGGCGUGCUGGCUUGCUCCAUAAUUGGAAUUCGUAUGAGCUCGCCGAGAUCGCUGAUGUUCAUACUGUGCUGCGAGAUGUGGUUCACAGCAAUGUCUGCCCAUCGAAUGGUACUAUCGCACGCAAGUUCAAAAAGCGAUAUCCAGACACGAGUGAACACCAUCUUUUGUUCAACAUCCACUUGAACUACCCUCCGCCUAUCUCUACUCCGCCAACAAACAACCCCUUUUCUUCGCAAUGCAAUACAAUGCCCAACUCGUGUUCACCGUUCUUUAACAGCACAUCGACCUAUACGUCCCGCUAUGCGCCGUCCAAGUUCAGCAUGCAUUCCAACCAUGAGAUCGGCGCUGAGGGUUGGGGCGACGACAUACCGCACUAUUAUGUCGUGGAAGAUAUGCUGAAGUUGAACCCAGAGCAGAUCAUGUGGUUGAAGGAGAACGCACCAUUCAAAGGGCAGGUGGAGGGAUACGUGAGGAGUCUAGGUGAUUGGUUUGAGAACAAUGGGGAAACUUUUGGCCAGACGUUGGAGUGGGUGUUGAACGAGCGGGGCGAGGAUGUAGGGGACUUCAUGCUGGCAGUGGCAGAUGGAGAUAUGGGCAUUGCCGCCUAAUCUAGAGACGAACCGGAGUAGGAGGAGGGGAAGGGGAAGGAAUAGAAUGAAGAGGAUGGAUGUAAUGGCAUGUGCUCGAUUGGCCCGGAGUGCUGAUUGCAUAGAACAAGCAUAUCGAACUAUAUAGCGUGCAUUAAUUUAUACAUGGUCGAAGAA